AUGAAGCUACUAAGCAUAGUUGCUAUGAUUGCAUCCCAGGUUAUGGCGGUGUCGUACAUCCCUGAAAGUGUUUUUGAUAUGCAUUUCUCUGAAGCUCCGGGUGCUAUUGCUAUUGAAGUAAACCCGGCUACCACCAACACAACUAACUCCACUCCUAUCAUUGCCAACUUAACCUUUGUUAGUCGGACAACUGGUGAUACUUCCAUUGUGGAUAAUUACACAAUCUCUUCUGGCUCGGAAGAUCUAGGAGUAGCUACGCGUACUUUAACGGCACAUACGGGCUUCUCUGGUGCAGGUGGUCUGAUGCUUGGCACGCCUUACUUGGAGUGUCGCUUUGAGAUUAUUUUGGACAGUGGUGCUGAGCCUCCGGCAGGUAUGGAGUACCUUACUAUUGGCGAUGCCAAGAAAGCACCUUACUUGCUUACUUCAAUUCAACUUGACUGGCUCAAUGUUGCUCCUUCUUCUUCUGUGGAUGAGAUCAUUUCUAAUGACAAUGGCUUGGCCUGGCGAGUCUUCCCAGGAGUUAUGUUCUUCCCAGCCGAGACGCGAAUGGAUGUUGGCGGUAUCUUUGAAACGGAUAACCUUUUACGCCACCGCAUCUAUGUGCUGCCCAAUCCUAAGGCUGAAAUCAUCUUCUAUGCCACCAUUCCCUGUGGCAGUGGCUUAAUUUCGCCUUACGACCCGGAAAUUGUAAUUCAGCCCAGCACUCCCGGUUCAUCUGACAAUGGCGAUGACACCAAUGGUGGCGAUGAUGAAGGUGACGACGAGGAAGAAGAAGAAGAAGGUGAUGAUGAGGAAGGCGAUGAUGAGGAGCCUACUCCAAUGAUUGCAGGACCAAAAGUAGUAUCCCCACUUAAGGUGCGAGUUUAA